CUGUUCAGCUCUUUGCAUGACAGGACAGAACUUCCUGGUAUUUUAGGAAAAAACAAAUCCUCUGACUCGGACCAACCCACACUGAUUUGUUGAGUACUAUUCCGUACUUCUGUUUUAGUGUAGAAGAAGAAAACAUGACUGACACUGAGAGAAAACGGGAGGGGAUUAAAGAAACGGGCACUUUUCAAAAGCGGCCACGCCCUGAAGAAUUUCCACAAAGUCAUCCAUCUUCUUCUGCUUAUCUGGGGUCGGGUCACGGGGCAGCAGUCAAAGCAGGGACUCCCAGACAUCCAUCACCCCAGACACAUCCUCCAGCCCCUCCGGUGGCACCCCAAGGCGUUCCCAGACAGCAGAAGAGGAGUCGACCAUCCACAUGUGACUUUUGUCUGCGUGAUUUGGAGGAAGCCAUCCCCCACAGCUGUGGACACUGGCUUUGUGGAGAAUGCAUCACUUCACACUCAGAGAAGUCCUGUCCAAACAGUGGUCUUCAAGAGGCUUUAGCUGAGUACAAAGACAGUCUGAAGAGAAAAUGUGCAAGUGUGUCAGAAGGAACAGAAAUGGGGAGAUCCACUCAGCUGCAGCAGAUUUACACAGACCUGUUCAUCACAGAGGGCCUGAGUGAGGAGGUGAUGACCCAGCACGAGUACACUCAGAUGGAGGCCAACUCCCAUAAACACAUCCAGGAAACUCCCAUUAAGUGCCAAGAAAUUUUCAAACCACUACCCUUUGAAGACCAGCAGGAGGCUCUGCAGCAGGAGCCCAUCAGGCUGGUGCUGACUCUGGGUGUAGCUGGAGUGGGGAAGACAUUCUCAGUUCUAAAGUUCAGUCUGGACUGGGCCCAGGGCUCAGAGAACCAGGACCUAGACCUGGUGCUGCCUCUGUCCUUCAGGGAGCUGAACCUGGUCAAAAUUGAGUGCUACAGUCUGCUGGAACUCAUACAUGUGUUCCACCCUUCCCUGCGCCCUCUCUCAGCUCAGAUUCCACUCCACAGUAAAGUCCUGUUCAUCCUCGACGGCCUGGACGAGAGCCGUUUCCCUCUGGACUUCAGCUGUGAAGUCAUCUCUGAGAUCACACAGGGGUCAGAGGUUGGCCCACUGCUGGUCAACCUCAUCAGAGGUGAUCUGCUUCCUAACGCCCUUAUAUGGAUCACCUCACGCCCGGCUGCAGCCAGUCAGAUCCCAGCAGAGUGUGCUCAGCGCAUCACUGAGUUGCGAGGGUUCUUCACUGACCAGCAGAAGGCGCAGUACUUCAGGAGGAGGUUCUCUGAUGCAGACCAGUGUAGAACAGUCCUGUCCCACAUCAGAGGCUCUCGCUGUCUCUACACCAUGUGUCAGAUCCCCGUGUUCUGUUGGAUCACAGCCACUGUCCUGGACCACAUGUUGAGACGCACUCAGAGCGGAGCAUUACCCCAGACGCUCACAGACCUCUAUGUUCAUUUCCUGUUGGUGCAGACGCAGAGGAACUUGAAGUACAAAGCAGAAAGUAGCGCUCUUGAGCUGAGCACAGCCGACUGUGAUCUGCUGCUGAAGCUGGGCCAACUGGCCUUUGAGCAUUUGUACCAAGGAAACAUCAUGUUCUACCAAGAAGACCUGGAGCAGGUGGGUCUGGACCUGAGCCAGGUCUCACUCUGCUCCGGACUCUGCUCUGAGAUCUUCAAACCAGAGAGUGUCAUCUUCAAUGAAAAGAUUUACAGCUUUGUCCAUUUCAGUGUGCAGGAGUUUAUGGCUGCAGUCUACAUCUACCACUGCUUCAACAACAACAUGACCUACGUGCUGGAGGAGUUUCUGGGUGUCUUUCAUUCAUUCACUACAGACUUACCUCUGGACGCAUUCUUAGACAGAGCUAUGAGAAUCUCCCUGACAGUAGCCACAGGGCAACUGGACCUCUUUGUGCGCUUCCUCCAUGGCCUCAGUCUGGAGUCCAACUACAGAUCUUUGAUGCUUCUUUUGGGUCCAAACAAAACUGACCAAAAAACCAUCCAAAAGGUCAUUGACAACCUGAAGGAGCUGAACCUGAAAGACGUGUCUCCAGACAGAAGCAUCAACAUCUUCCACUGUCUGACCGAGAUGAACGACCAGUCCGUCCACCAGCAGAUCCAGGACUUCCUGAAAACCAAGGGGGCAGAGAAGCGGAGAUUGUCGGAGAUCCAGUGCUCGGCUCUGGCCUACAUGCUGCAGAUGUCUGAGCAGGUCCUGGAGGAGCUGGACCUCAACAACUACAACACCAGUCGGGAGGGAAGGUGGAGACUCAUCCCAGCUGUGAGGAACUGCAAGAAGGCCAACCUUUCAGAAUGUGAACUCACAGAGACUCACUGUGAAGUGGUGGCUUCAGCCUUGGAGUUCAACCUGUCCAAGUUAAAAGAAUUGGACCUCAGUAAAAACUACUUCCUGAAUGACUCAGGAGUAAAUUGCCUUUUAACGGGACUGCAAAGUGCUUAUUGUGCCCUGGAGGUUUUAAGAAUAAAAGACUGCAUGUUAACAUGGUGCAGCUGUUAUUUAUUGGCAUCAGCCCUAUGGUUCAAUCCUUUUCAUUUGAAAGAGUUGGAUCUGAGUGACAACUUCCUGCGUGAUUUGGGAAUGGAACAUCUCAGUUCCUUACUGCAAAAUCCAGACUUCAGGUUGCAGAUCCUCAGGUUGCGCUGCUGUAGUUUUUCUGCGCUCGGCUGCUCUGACCUGUCCUCUGCACUCCAGUCCAACCCUUCCCAUCUGCGAGAGCUGGAUCUGAGCUACAAUGAGCUGCAGGACUCUGCAGUGGAGGUGCUCUGCCACUUUCUGCACAAUCCACUCUGUGCACUACAGAUUCUACGACUGAUAUAUUGCCGGCUAUCAGAAGUCAGCUGCUGUAGUCUGGCCUCAGCCCUGAGCCCCUCCCAUCUGCGAGCCCUAGACCUGAGUGACAACGUCCUGCUUGACUCUGGAGUGGAGCUCCUCUGUUCAUUUCUGCAGACUCCAGACUGUGAGCUGCAAACUCUGAGAUUGAGUCGGUGCAGUCUGACUGAGUCCAGCUGUUCUGCUCUGGCCUCAGCCCUGCGGCUGAACCCCUCCCACCUCAGAGUUUUGGACCUAAGUAAAAAUCCUGAGCUAAAAGAUCCUGGAGUGGAGCAUUUGUGUGAUUUUCUACAGAACCCACUGUGUGAACUGGAAAUUCUGAGUUUAAAGUCCUGUGGUUUGUCGAACCUCAGCUGUCUGCGCCUGGUCUCUGCUCUGAGAGCCCAUCCUUCACUUCAUCUAAGGGAACUAGACCUACGGAAAACAAAUGUGACGUCUGCUGGACACUUUGGCUCUUUCACUGUGCCCUUUACAAUAAAGUACACAGCAUCUUUAAUAUCAAAUUCACAAACUUCCACAUCUUCCUGCAUGUCCAUCAGUGUGCCCGAGGAGCCUGAGCCUGGACCGUCCCACCACAGGGAAACAACUGUUUUCCUCCCAGAAGUGUCAAUGAAGUCUGAGCAUGUUUCCUUCAGGUUCAGGUGUCCUGACUCUGGGGCCUUCCGCUGUUCUUCCACUGGAUUGGUGUUUGUGGUGACAAAGGAGGCGGAGCUUCAGUACAAAAUCAUCCAAUGGGAUGAGGCGCUGCUGAAGUCAUCAGGCAGAACUGCUGCAGGACCUCUGUAUGACAUUGAGUGUUCAGAACGGGCCAUGUGUGAGCUGCACCUGCCACACUGUGAACCAGAGCAUGUGGACCAGUCUAAAAGCCAGUUGUCUGUGGCGCACAUCAGUGACAGUGGGCUGAGCCUGAUGGAGCCAGAGCGGAUCACUCAGAGCCAUGUGGUGAUCUGUGUCUCUGGCCUCUCUGUGUUUGGGCUCUUGUGGAAGUUCUUCGACAAACCUAAGGUGGUCAGUGGGCAGGUGCUGCUCUUCUGCACACCACAAAAACUCAAAGUCAAUAUUUUCCUCCUGCCCAGGAACAUCUCUGUGGACCAGGUGGAGAAGAAACAACGCAGCACCACGCAGUACAUUGAUGCUCCUUCCAAAUGUAGACUGGUCAUAGACCAACACUACACUGUGGUCUGUCCCAGGGCAGAGAAAAUCCAGCCUAAGAGGGCGCCCUUUGAUAUGGACCAUGAGCCCAACUUCCACUCAUCCUUUGAGCUGCGCCUGCCUCCAGACUGUGGUUUAGUCUCCAUCUCAGUGAGAGAAGAGCGCCACACAGAGGAGACAGAGGCUGAGGUCUGGAGACACGAGUUGGAUCUGAAAGCAUGCGGUGCUCUGUCCCAAGACAAAGUUCUCCUGAGGGAGACAACAUCUUCAGAGGCAUCUAUGAGUGAAGACUGGAGUCCCCAGUACGAUCCCACUACAAGGCUGCGGUUGCUGCGGUCAGAGUUUGUGAAGAAUGUGUCUAACGAGGUGCUGAACCAGCUCCUGGACAAACUUCAGGAGAAGAUCCUGAACCCUGAGGAAGCAGAGAGCAUUAGAGUGAGGCACAGAGCAGACAAAGCCCGAUACCUGGUGGACACCGUGCUAAAGAAAGGCCAAGGAGCAGCUUCAGUCUUGGUCCACACCUUUUGUACACUUGACUCAGAGUCAGACCUCUGCCAGAAACUCAGGACUGUGGAUUAAUGAAAAUAAGUGUUCUUUAGAUGAACCUUGUCCUCUGUGUUUCUCAUAUAAAGCUGAAAAUGGUAAACUGGC